CUAUAGCAAGUACAGUUGAACUUGGAAAAUUGAUUUGAGAAAUCAUUAUUGUUUCACUUGUAAACCUUUACAUUUUUUUAAAAAAUAGAUUUUCUUCAAAAUGACUAUUGUUGAAUUAUUCUAUGAUAUAAUAUCACCAUUUUCAAGAUUUCAAUAUGAAUUAUUAAUGAGACAAUUAGUUGGUCAUCAUUGGAAAACAAUGCAAUUAAAAAUGACACCAGUAAUGAUACGUGAAGUAUUUGCAUCGGCCGAAAACAUGCCACCAGGUAUGAAUCCAUCAAAAGCAAUCUAUUUGAAUCGUGAUUUAAAACGUUUAAGUGAUUUUCAUCAGAUUCCAUUUUCAUUGCCAAAAGAUUUUAUGCAAAUUGCAAUUGAAUUUAAAACUGAUCCAGCAUUACAAUUUUUAUCCGCUAUUCAACCGCAUAUCGAUGAAGCUAGCUAUAAUCGUUUGGUUGGUAUAUUUUUUCAAAAUUUUUUUACAAAAAAUCCAGCUGAAAUAUGGAAUCCUGAUGUAAUGCGACAAUUGACCGCAGACGUAGGCAUAUCAUCCGAAUCGAUUGAUAAAUCAUUAAAUACAAUGACCAAUGAUGAAAAUCGAAAAAAAUUGGAAAAAAAUUUAGAAACAGUUAAGAAUUUAGGUGGAUUUGGUUUGCCAAUAACCCUGAUUCAUUUGCCGGAUAAACCACAAUGGGUUUUCGGUUCAGAUCGUAUGCAUAUUAUCGGUCAUUUAUUGAACGAAACGAAACCACCGAUUCUUCGAAAAGAAUAAAAAAAAAAUCUUUCAAUGUUGAGAAUUAUUAUUAAUUUAAUUAUAAAAAUCAUUGAUAUUAUUAAAAUUAUAAAAUUUGAUAAAA